AUGACAUUAGAAGAGGAAAAUCGUACUUUCAAAAGGAUUUUUGUGUGUCUAGCUCCUUGUAUAUCAGGAUUUUUAAAUGGUUGUAGACCAUUUUUUGGUUUAGAUGGUUGUCAUUUGAAAGGUCCAUAUGGAGGAGUAUUGCUAUGUGCAGUUUCUCUUCAUGCAAAUAAUGGAUUAUUUUCCAUAGCAUUUGCUAUAGUGGGGGCAGAGUGUAGAGACUCAUGGAGCUUUUUCUUAAACUGCUUACAUGAUGCACUAGAAGAUGAUCGUUACACAAUAAUGAGUGACAGACAAAAGGGAUUGACACGUGCAGUUUCUGAGUACUUUCCAAAUUCAUGGCAUAGACAUUGUAGUAAGCAUUUGUUGAAUAAUUUCAAAGCAAAAUAUCCAUUAUUGAUCUUACAAGAUCUUUUUUGGAUGGCUGUCAAAGCUCCAAAUGAAUUUCUUUUUAAAAAGGCAAUGGAAAAGAUGAAAACAUUUGAUAAUAAUGCCUACCAAUAUUUGAUGGAUAUCCCAUUACACACUUGGUCUACACAUGCAUUUUACACAAAUCAUAAAAGUCCACAUAUUACUAAUAAUGUGUGUGAAUCGUUUAAUGCUUGGAUAGACAACUUAAGAAGCAUGACUGUGUUGAAAUUAGUGGAUGGGCUAAGAGUCAAAAUCAUGAUGAGAUUCUACACACAGUUUUCUUCUACUGCAUCUUGGUCAUAUAAUGUUGGACCAAGAAUUGCAACUGAAAUAAAUAAAACUACUGAAGAUGCAAGAUAUUGCAAAGUAAAACCUGCUGGUGGACAUCGAUAUGAAGUAUAUGAUGGUUUUACAAGAUUCCCUGUGAAUUUAGUAUUGCAUACAUGUGAAUGCAAAGCAUGGCAAAUAAAUGGGUUGCCAUGCAAACAUAGUGCAGCGGCAAUUAUUUACAUACGGGAAAAAGUGGAGAAUUAUUGUGAUGCAUAUUACCACAAAGAUAAGUACAUCAUAACUUAUUAUGGACUACACAGUCCCUUACCAGAUCUGGAUACUUUGGAUGAUACAAAUGUGCUUCCACCACCAUUGCGUAGACUUCCGGGGAGACCAAGAAAAAGUAGGAUAAGGGAAAAAGAUGAAGAUGCACCAUCAAAUGCAAGGAGAAUUUCAACAGUUAGAUGCUCUAAUUGUAAAGAUUUAGGACACAAUAGAAAAGGCUGUCAAAGGGCUCCAGUAAGAGCCAAGAAAGCAAGACAGGAAAUUUCAGCAAGUGAAUCACAAACUUCAAUGAUAAAACAAACUCAACAACAUGCUUCAGCACAGGCCAAAGCAAAGUCACAACUACAAGCCAAACAAAUAAAAAGGGAUAUUAGGAAAGAUAAAAUUCUUAGAAAGCAUUCUUCAAAUUUGACGAUUCAAUGA